UCUCUCUUCUGGGUUUCACUUCUGGGUUUCAAUUCAUUCAACUAUUCUUUCUCAUUAAUUCUAUUCUUAUAUACUAUUGUUAAUCAAUUCCAUUUGAUAUGGGAUGUCUGCUUGGGACCUUCAAGAGACACUAUUGAUCGCCAAUUGACCAGCUCCUAGAGCUUAAGCUAGGACCACUCAAAUACUCGACUAUCAACCAGUCAGCCCCCUGGGAGUGUUUACAUUCAAAGAAUCCUCUAUGAUGACUAUCCUUCACUCCUUGUCUGUUCUUUAUGUGGCCAUAUUCUCCUUGAUUGCGUUGGCUACAGCGGAUGAUGCAGCACCCAAGAGAGUGGCAGUGAUCGGCGCGGGCGCUGCAGGGGCCUCCACGGCGUAUUUCUUGCGCAAACAUGCCGAUGACUCCGAGAUUCCGGUCAACGUCACCGUCUUUGAGCGUGCGUCCCAUGUCGGUGGCCGGUCUACCACGGUCAAUGUCUUCGACGACCCCGUCUAUCCGGUGGAGUUAGGGGCAUCCAUCUUUGUCCAAGUCAAUGAGCAUCUAGUGAAUGCAUCCCGGGAUCUGGGAUUGUCCGCCCGCAGCGCCGGUCACGCCCGCCCCAGAGAAUCCGUGGACACCAUUGGGAUCUGGGAUGGAGAGCAAUUUGUAUUCAUAUUGCAGGACACUUACAGCUGGUGGAACAUUGGUAAAUUGCUCUGGCGUUAUGGAUGGGCACCGGUGCGGACACAGCGCCUGAUGAAGGCCACUGUGGGCAAGUUCUUGCGGCUCUACGAUGAACCUCUCUUCCCGUUCCGAUCCCUCUCGGCUGCCGCUGAAGCGGUCGGUUUGCUCGAUACAACCGCCGCUCCUGGGAGCGUGUACCUCGAUCAGAACAGCGUAUCUCCCGAAUUUGCUCGGGAAAUCAUCCAGGCCAGCACGCGCGUAAACUACGGACAGAAUCUUCCCUUGAUCCACGGUCUCGAGGCGAUGGUGUGCAUGGCUACGGAUGGAGCAAUGGCCAUUGAAGGCGGGAACUGGCGCAUCUUUGAUGGAAUGCUCAAGGCUGCAAAGGCGAACGUCCGAGCCAACCACGCCGUGACCUCUAUUGACCGAAAUCAUGAUCACAGCUUGACUGUGACGUUCGAAGCGAACAAUGCCGAACAGAAGCAGACAUUCGAUGAGGUGGUUAUUGCCGGUCCUCUCCAGUAUUCCGAUCUCGCGAUCAAUCCGCCCCUCGACAUUGUUCCGGAUGAGAUCCCCUACGUCGAGCUUUAUGUGACGCUGUUUUCGUCUCCACACCGACUCUUGCCCAAGUAUUUUGGUCGAACGGGGCCCGACGACCAGGUCCCGGAGACGGUCCUAACCACGCUGCCGGAGGGAACCGACCUCGGUUCAAGCAGACAAGGCGUGGGCCCAGCCGGUUUCUGGAGCAUCAGCACCCUCCAAACCGCCAAGCCGCGUCGCUCAUCCGCUCACGACGAUCAGGACCACUAUGUCUACAAGAUCUUCUCGCCCGAACAACCAACCGCUGAGUUCCUGCGAAGCAUCCUGGGCCUGAACGCCGACGGUGCAGCCAGCACUGCCAACCAGACUAUUGCUGAUCUUCCCAAGAGCGAUGUCAGCUGGUUCCACGAAAAGAUUUGGAACCCCUAUCCGUUCCUCUACCCUCGGGUCACCUUCGAGGACACGGAGCUAUCCUCGAACAUCUGGUACACGGGAGGCAUCGAGAGCUUCAUCUCCACGAUGGAAACCAGCGCUCUGAUGGGUCACAACGUGGCUACCUUAAUCUCGCAGUCAUGGGAAGACCCAAUCGAUGUGGACGUGGGCGAUGAUCCCGUUGUAGGCCAUGACGACACGGAACUAUGAGCGUAUAUACAUCGGGGCGGCAUGGAGGAGGGAUCAGUGAAUUCCACCAAUUUCUAUGCUCUUUUCUUUCCAUUUUCACGGGUUAUUUCACAGUCUUCCUAGAAGCGAAUCUCCAAACGUAGUAUGAUGCCCAAGGCAAACACCGCGGCACGUGACCGCCUCAUUCUUCCCCGCGAUCGAAUGUUUUUAGCUUCAUCUUCCCCUCACUCUCCGUCAACGGCCGCUCCAUCAUAUCAUAUCGGUUGGCCUGUGACUACCUCGGCU